CAUCCGCGUAACAGGGGAGGUGGUGUUCCUGGUGGCCAUCUUGGAUUCACUGAGUGAUUGUUUGGCAUAAAGAAAUAAUAAAAAAUAAAAAUAAAGCUUGAAGGCUUAGAAUAUUAAGGUACAAUAUAAAAGGGUAAAGAGGCGAAGGGAUAUCAAGGAAAAUCAGUGAAAGACGGUAUGAAGAAAGCAUCCUAGUCAAGCCAUGGCUGAUAAAAGAAAACUACAAGGUGAAAUAGAUCGAUGUUUGAAAAAAGUAGCAGAGGGCGUAGAACAGUUUGAAGACAUUUGGCAAAAGCUGCAUAAUGCCGCCAAUGCAAACCAGAAGGAAAAGUAUGAGGCAGACCUCAAGAAAGAAAUAAAAAAAUUACAGCGUCUUCGAGACCAGAUAAAGACAUGGGUGGCCUCAAACGAGAUCAAAGACAAAAGGCAGCUAGUUGACAACCGCAAACUCAUUGAAACGCAAAUGGAGCGGUUCAAGAUAGUGGAGCGGGAGACCAAGACCAAGGCCUACUCGAAGGAGGGGCUGGGCCUGGCGCAGAAGGUGGACCCGGCCCAGCGGGAGAAGGAGGAGGUGGGCCAGUGGCUGACGAAUACGAUAGACACUCUGAACAUGCAGGUGGACCAGUUUGAAAGUGAAGUGGAGUCUCUGUCUGUCCAAACUCGAAAGAAGAAAGGUGACAAAGAGAAACAGGACCGGAUAGAGGAGCUUAAGCGCUUCAUUGAAAAGCACAGGUACCACAUCCGCAUGCUAGAGACCAUCCUGCGCAUGCUGGACAACGACUCGGUGCAAGUGGACUCGAUCCGGAAGAUCAAGGACGACGUGGAGUACUACCUCGACUCUUCACAGGACCCGGACUUUGAGGAGAACGAGUUCCUGUACGAUGACCUGGACCUUGAAGAUAUUCCUCAAGCCCUGGUGGCAACGUCUCCGCCUGGUCACUCUCACAUGGAGGAUGACCUCUUCCUCCACUCCAGCAGUACACCCACCUCCACCACCUCCUCUUCCCCAAUACCUCCCUCACCUGCUACUUGCACUACGGAGAACUCGGAAGACGACAAGAAGAGGGGACGCUCUACAGACAGUGAAGUCAGUCAGUCACCAGUAAAGAAUGGAAACCCCUCUUCGUCACUGUCAUCCUCCUCCUCCUCGUCCUCCUCCUCUUCCUCGUCCUCUUCUGGAGCCUCCUCGUCCUCUCUGGUCUCCAUGGCAACCAUUACGGGGGGCAGCGGAGCCAUCACGGGGGGCAACAGUCUCCUAGGUAGCAUGGGGGGCCUCCUCUCCAACUCGGGCAGCUACAGCACAGCGACCCAGCAGCCGCAGCAGUCGCAGCAGCAGAACCAGCAGCAGCACCCGCCCCCGGCCAAAAACUCUCCCUCCAACACCAACCCCAGCCCCUCCAACCUCCUCCUCCUCCCCACCUCCGCGGCCUCCUCGCCUCCCAGCACCAGCACGCCCGGCCCCCUCGCCACAAACUCCCAACCUCAGGGCACCUCGGGGCCCACCUCCACUUCGGCCUUGGGGCUGGGGCUGGGGCUGGGCCUGGGCAAAGGCGGCGUGACGGGGGCCGGCAGCACCAGCCAGAUGUCGGGCCUGGGCCUGUCGGGGAUGCCGGCGUCCCUCAACACCAUGGCCGGGCUUCUGUCCAGCUCCACGCCCGCCCCGUACGCCCAGGCUGCCGCCUCGGGGGCGGUGGGCAGCGGGCUGGGCGGGUCCAUCGGGGGCGGAGCCGGCAGCAGCAGCGGCAGCUCCGGCGGGGCGGUCACCGGGAACGGCAGCAACGGGAGCGGGGUGUCGUCCGGCUUGCUGGGCUCCGGCGGCGGAGUGGGCGGGGUCGGCGGCGGGAUCCUGGGCCUGGGCUCCGGGCAGACGGCCGUCCAGGGCCCCCCUCAGAUGUCCCCGAGCCCCGUUGGCGGCCUGGCUCCUGGGAACUCCGUGGGAGUCAUAGGGGGUAACGGAGGCAGUUCGGGGGCAGUUGGGAGCGGGGGAGUUGGUGCAGGAGGAGGCAGCGGGGCGCUCGCCAGGCCCCCCAGUGGCCAGAAGCAGAACGGCAGUACCAGUUACAGUGCAGUAGUUGCAGACAGCGCGCCAGACUCCGCCCUCAGUAGUGCCAGCCAAUCACAAAGUGGCCAACCCUCUUCCUUGGGACCUACAUCCAAUCCACCCAAGGAGAGCAGCUGCAGCCUCCUGAGCUCCAUGACCCUGGCCCCCAGCUCGCCCUCGCCGUCCUACAGCGAGAGCAAGCCGGGCGGCGGGAGCCUGCUCAACGGGCCGCACUCCUACAGCCAGGCCUCGGAGGGCAUCAAGGCUCCAGAGCCCCUCAGCUCUCUCAAGUCCAUGGCAGAGAGGGCGGCGCUGGGCUCGGGACUGGAGGGAGGAGACCUACCCGCCCUGCACCUGGCCGACAGAGGUGAGCGUGCGCGCGAGCGCUCCCCCCGCUCUGCGCCGAGCCUAGCUGUGAGCGUUCGGCCAUCGCCAGCCUGUCGAGUCAGCAUCCCCCCGUCGCUGGGGGUGUGCCCCCUCGGGCCCGUCCCGCUCUCCAAAGACCAGAUGUACCAGCAGGCCAUGCAGGAGUCGGCCUGGACGCACAUGCCCCACCCCUCCGACUCGGAGAGGAUCAGGCAGUACUUGAUGAGGAACCCGUGCCCCACCUUGCCUUUCCACCACCAGGUGCCCCCUCCUCACUCUGACUCAGUGGAGUUCUACCAGCGGCUGUCCACCGAGACGCUCUUCUUCAUAUUCUACUAUCUGGAGGGCACCAAGGCACAAUACCUAGCAGCCAAGGCACUGAAGAAGCAAUCAUGGCGAUUCCACACCAAGUACAUGAUGUGGUUUCAGAGACACGAGGAGCCCAAAACCAUCACGGAUGAGUUUGAACAGGGGACGUACAUUUACUUUGACUAUGAGAAGUGGGGCCAGAGGAAGAAGGAAGGAUUCACAUUUGAGUACAGGUACCUCGAAGACCGAGACCUCCAGUGACUGACCGUCGGGAGGCGCGAUGGAGAGGUGGAGAAAAAGCAGGGUCUACUACUGUUGACAUUCCUGGAUUGAAUUUCAACACAGUGGGACGAGACGGAUGCAAAGACGACUCUUCAUGUCUGUUUGUGCAAAUGCAUUUGGGUCACCUUCCUUGCCCUGGAGAAAACACCCCCUCCCCCCGCACACACAUCCCCCACUACCCCCCUCCCCCCACAUCAUUUGACUGAUGCUUUUAAAUCACCAUGCUGAACUGAAAGUGUUUGGCCGAAUGUUGCUUUGAUUUCAGGGUUUUUUUUUUUUUUUCCUUUCAACAUUUUAAAUCACGACUCACUCGAGAACCAAAGAAAAUAAGCGAGACCCCCAAUAACCCUUAAGGUAUGGGGUCAGGCGAGAUGAGCGAGAGGGAAAUUCAGACGAUACCUGGGUUGGGUGGGGGGGUGGGGGUGAAAGUCAAGGGCCAGAACGUUUCACCAUUUCACAGCAGUUUGUGCUGCUGCCGCUGCCUGUUUUCCAAAGUGCAGCCCCACGCGUUCAAGCCCCACCCUCCUCACGCAGUCGUAGGCCCGCACACCCAGCCCCUGCACCAGGAGCCGCUUCUUCCUUUGCCAAACCUGGCCUGGAUCAAACUGCUGUGCAGCGAGGGUCCUCUCUCCAUCCUCCAUGAAAUCAUCAGUCUGUUGGCUGUGGGCAAUGACAAAUAAGACCACCAUCUCGGACACCCAAACAUUGUGUGUGUAGUACGUGUUUACAAGAGAAAAAGGCAAGCCAAAUGUGAGACAACCUGAUGAGUUACACCAACAAAGCAAGGCUUUUUAUCAAUUUGAUAAAUUAAUAUAAACUCAUAAAUCAUUCACAAUUGCACUUCCAAGCUUGGGAGAAGACGAAAUAAAUCUUUUAGAUUAACUUGUAUAUAUCUAUAUUUUGUGGGCGGGAUGGAAGGCCAGUGUGUCAAAAAAUGUGUGAUUUGGAAUUUGUACAGCAUCAUAAAUUAGGAAGAAAUGAGCUUCUCUUCCUCCCCAGCUUUGUAGUGCAGAAAUAGAACUGACUCAAAUGAAAAAGCACAUCAUGCCUUUCAAAGUGCUUUUAUUCCCCUCGAUUUCCAUUGCCGUCUUUCCAUUUCAUAAUUAUUUUUAAACAUCUUUCGGUUUUGGAGUGCAACUAUGAAUGAUUUUGUUUUCCAUGCAAGUGAAUUUAUCCAUUUUGAAAGCAUUUCCAAGAAAUUGAGCAGUUAAAUACAAUUUUUAAUUAAUUUUGGGGGAGCGGGGGGGCUAUUUGGAAGACCACAAAGCACCAUUUAUAUUGAGUCCUGUUUUAAUGUUUGACAUGUUUACUUUGGGCUAUAGAAGGGAAGUGAAGGGUCAUUGAAAGCAGAAAUGUGAAUUUCUCCCAAAAAAACUGUUGUAUAGACUUUUUCAUCCUUUAUUUUUUUGUUGUCAUCUGGACAGCAUGGUAAAUAACACGUAAAAGUGGAGUAAAGCAAAUAAGACAUAACAGUGAAAUAAAGGAUUGUAAAAUAUUAAUAAAACAAUUACUUUUCAGAAA